UGCUUUGCCGCCUUCUCUCGUACUGGUGGGCGGUGCAGUGCGGGAACGGGAGACACGGUGUCGGUCUGUCCAUCCGACACGGGGGAUGGUAUCAGAUGCUGGUUGUAUCUAGAGAUGUAGAUGAAGAGACGGUUGCUCUCCCUCGGCCGCCGGCACGGAAGGUGCCACAUGAACUGAAUCAACGUACCCAACUCCUGGCCCUCCGCAGGCUGGACAAGGCACAUCGUGAAGCUUGGAAUCAAAUUCGUCCGCUUCUGGGAUCGUUGCCAGCGCCUCAACUCCGUAUUCUCACCAACGGUCGUACAUGCAUUGCGCGGAAAUUGCUGUACGUAUUUCUGUCCCAUCGUAGCAAGGCAAGGCCACUCUGUUACAAGGAUCAAUGGAACACGGAUGAGGUGCACUGUCACUUACCUCACGCUGAUCUUCACCCCGAAUUUCUGCGUUUGCGCCUUCACUGCCGGGAACGAGCUCAAUGCAUGACACGAUCGAAGGCCCUUGGAGCCAAAAAGGCUUUGCACCGCGGAAGAAGGACCAGCGUCCAAGCGGUGUGGGAGCCAUCGACGACAGGGUUCCCCCGCCGGUACGAAAAAUUGGUCGCGCCGCCACCUUUUGCGGCGACGGAGGGCUACGGAAGGCAUAGGAGCCUCGCGGGACGUGUUGAACUAAGAUUCCGUGGGACGGUACCGCGCCGCAAAGUUAGUUCGUGGGCGCCAUCGCGAUAUUCUUGUCUGGGAAGCAUCCAUGGAGACACUGCGCACGAUGAAGCGUCGGAGCCGUCCGCUUAUGCGUCCGCCUGGCGGGCAGCCUGUCAGAGAGACGUACAUUCCGUCGGUAACGUACGCUUAGAAACACGAAGCCCUGAACGCGAGGAGUCGGGACCGCUUUACUCACGACACUAUGCGAUAAUCAGGUAGACCGGUCUGGAGAGCGCAUCGAGAGCGGCCAUUACUUGUUUCGAUACCCUCCCCUGCUUCAAUAUUCACACAAAAUAUUCAUCUUUCUGAUCAGCU